AUGCUACAGUUAUCGCAUGUUGAUGCCACUGGUGAAAGUUUUCAUGUCUCGAAACUCAACUUCACACCCACAUAUAAUGUACCCAUUUGGGAUAUUUCUGAUAUGAGUGCUUGCAAUGAUUUGCUUUGUUUAGUUGGACCAGAAAAUGGUGAUCCCUUUUACAUCUGUAACCCGAUUUUGGGUGAAUUUAUCACUAUUCAACCACCUGAUAAGCAUAGUCGAAGUAGUAGGUGUUGGGGGCUUGGCUAUUCAACUGUUACUAAUCAAUACAAACUUUUGCAAAGCUAUUAUACGACUGUUGAAUCGACUGAAAAACCGGCUGAAAUAUACACAGAUGGAACUGGUACAUGGAGAAGCAUAGGAAAUGCACCUCAUCGCUAUAUUGAUUUACCUUUCGAUGCCUUCUUGAAUGGAGCUCUUCACUGGCGUAGAUUUCAUCCUAGUGGUGGUGAGUUCAUCCAUUCUUUUGACUUUGAUACCGAGCAUUUUGGGAAAGUUCUGCCGCCGGAUCAUUUUCUAGAAUUAGAUGAGUUUGCUGCGGAGUUUACAACGAGUGGAGUGCUUGGAGGCUGUCUGUUUAUAAUUCACUUUCCGGAUUUCAAGCAAUUUGACAUUUGGGUUAUGAAGGAAUAUGGUGUCAAGGAGUCGUGGACCAAACAGUUUAUUAUUAAAGAUAUGUUUCCAAAGGGAUAUGGCUCAGAUUCUUAUGAACCGUUGAUUGUUUUAAGCAAUGGAGAAAUAUUCAUGUUGCUCAAUAAUUAGGCCAUAGUUUGU